GCAUCAUGGCUUGGCGUUUUAAAGUGAGUAAGUACAAGAAUGCGGCUCCAAUUCUGCCAAAGAAGGAAGAUUGGGUGAACGACAUCAAGGUUGGGGCACCACAGUCAUGUGGAAAUCAUGUUAAAGCAUCGGCGGCAUUUAUUGCUUUUAAUGUUGAAAACAGAGGUGGAGGAAGCCUUGGGGUAGUUCCGCUAGAUUACAAAGGCAGAAUUGACUCGACAACUCCCCUCGUCCACGGACACUCUGACCUCAUCACAGAUUUUGAUUUCUCGCCCUUCGAUGAUGGGAUGCUGGCAACAUGUUCAACUGAUGCUAAU